GGGCCGCAGAAAGCAGGCCACACGAUCCGAUGCGGCUCGAUACGCCAGCCCUCACAAAACCUGGGGCAGGCCGGGUCUCAUGAGGCGCUCGACCAUCCAAUAUCACACUUCCCCGGACUUGAAUGGAUUGCGAUAGGUUCGACUUCUAACCUCAACUACCGAGCAUGUACAUCAUAUCGUUCGGUUCUGUUUCGUUCACCUCGCUCUUUGCGAAAGUCCCGCAAGGCUCCCCUGCGCCGCUCAGGCAUUGGCCUGUUUCAUCUGGGCCGACCUCCGACAGGAACCGUCGGGGGUCAGUCUCACGCCCCCUCACGGCGUGGGGACCGCCAGGGGGUCAGCCUUGA